AUGGCAAUACAGAACCACACUUUGAUAACAGAGUUCAUCCUGUUGGGCAUCCCAAAAACACAGGGGCAAGAAACUAUGCUCUUUGCAGUUUUCUUGAUCUUUUACCUCUGCACUCUACUGGGAAAUCUGCUCAUCCUUUUAGCUGUAAUGUCCAAUUCCCACCUUUAUACCCCUAUGUAUUCCUUUCUUUGUAAACUUUCAGUGCUGGACAUUGGUUUCUCUUCUCUGAGCACCCCAAAGUUGUUAGCCAUUCUACUGGUGAGGAACCACAUUAUCUCACUGGGUGGUUUCCUGUCCCAGGUUUUCUUUUACCAUUUCCUGGGCAGCACUGAGUGCCUGCUCUAUACAGUGAUGGCCUAUGACCACUUUGCUGCCAUCUGCCACCCACCGCAUUACACCAUCAUCAUUAACCACAGGGUGUGUGCCUUCUUGGCUGCUGGCACCUGGUUUACUGGCUCCUUUCAUGCCACAAGUUUCACUGUAUUGACAUUCCAGCUGCCAUAUUGUGGAUCAAAUGUGGUGGACUGUUUCUUCUGUGACAUUUUCCCUGUGGUCAAAUUGGCCUGUGAUGACACCUUUAUCAUUGAGACUGUGAGCUUCACCAACAUUGGCAUUCUGCCCAUGACCUGCUUCCUCUUUAUCCUUGCAUCCUAUGUGCGCAUUGUCGUUGCAAUCCUCAAGAUGAACUCUGCUGAGGGGAGGCACAAGGCAGACUCUACCUGUGUCUCCCACCUCACAGUGGUCACACUGUUCUUUGGACCCUGUGCCCUGAUCUACACCCAGCCAUCAUUGAGCAAGGUCUUGGUCACCCCGGUGCAGAUCUUUGGCAAUGUAUUCACCCCCGUGCUGAACCCCACAAUCUACACUCUGAGAAACAAAGGUGUUAAAGGAGCUCUGAAGAAACUUGUGGGAGGCCAGAUUACUUCAGAAUGA